AUGUCAAACUCGCCGUCCGUUCCCGAAGAUACCUUGCCUAACCCCCUGGUGACACCUGCUACACCUGCCCAACAUGAUUGCUCCAAGGAUAGUACCCCGCGUCACUUCCAGCAUCUGUCCCAGGGACCUAGGGAGGUAUUAUCACCAUCGCGCGCUGAAUCUCCCACCCAUGCUUGGUCUCUACCCGUGUCCCGACUUUCUCCUGUAAAAAGGACCGCGACCACACCUCCGGAGAACACCGCACAUCCGGAUAUUGUCUACAGGCCUCAGCUGUCAGAACGUGACAGCAUUUUUGCUACUCAUUACCUUCCCUCAGAUAGUGCCGCAACUACCCCACAAUUACCCCCCGAAAAGGCCUUGGGCAAUGAAGGCCAGGUCAACUUGAUCCCUCGCCUCGACGAUGCAUCCGUGUCUCCAAGUGCAUUCUCCAAGGUCUCUCCCCACCGUUUGAACGUCGACCCUUCCCACAUGGAAGUUGACGUCCACAGAAACUCUCCACUGCGUUCCUCUGCCCUCUUUUUAUCCACCGAUAUUCCUCGUUUGUCUCUCCUGCGCGCAUCCACCUCGCCGACUGAUCACAAGAAAACGGAGGUAGAGACGGGCGUGCAGGCUCAUUUGGGCGGAUCCCAGCGGUACAAGGUGCCAUUGGAUAACACAGGUACGAAAACCAGUCGGUUUCAAGGCGCGUUACCUGAACGGAAUCUCUUCCCGUCCACACUAGAUGAUGUCGCUCGUACCUCCCACUCUUUGACCUUCCUGUCCUCUGGCCCGGGCUCCCAGGUCAGUCGGGAUCUCUUAUCCUACAGUCCUACAGAAGAACCCACCCAGACCCCUGUUGCGCCUGAACGAAGCCCUAGCAGAGGUCGUCGUGGCCGAGUUGACAGCUCAAUUGAAGCCAAUUUACCCAAUUCGGAGCCGGCUUCUAAUGUGCGCAGCCGCAAGUCCAGUCACUACCUGGGUCUUUUCAAAGAAAAUACCACUUCUUCGCCGGAUCGCAAACGACGGGAGGAUCGCGGCCGACCACAAGAUGAGACGGAGUCGAGGGAUGGCAUGAUGGAUUAUGAACAGGAGCCACAUCGUUCAGAGCAGGAAACUUCGCUUCGUAAAAGCACAUCACUCUCCGCACUUGACGAUGCUCCGUCUUUCCAACUUCCGACUGAGUCCUCUCAGACCAUACGAGACGAUGUGCCCUCUAAGCGUCGUCCUACAGCGUUGCCUCGCAGCUUGCUGGAAGAGAUCCGAAAUUUCCAUCUCACGCCUGGCGGUAGCCAUGGAUCUUCUUUCUCCGAAAGCAUUCCAACUCAAUAUUCAGAGCGCACCCGUGACUACUUCCAGGCGGAUCCUAGCCUUGAGGUCUCCCCGACUAGCUCUUUCGAGGAAGAGGAGCGUCGUGAAGCAAGGCAAUUUGGGGUUGAGGAGGAGGAAAAUGAGCAGAUCUCUUCUGCGGUUUACUUCCCCCACGAGCGUACAGUCCCUGAUGGCGCUGAUGCGCUACAACAAUUUCCCGAUAGCUCUCAUGAUGUACAGCCGGGUCAGCUGUCGGCUGCGGAUAAAGGUCAUGAACUGAUGUUAGUACCAGAGCGUAGCGAUUCUCCCGAAAAGGAAAUCAGCCAUGUGGAUAUAUCCUUUCGAUCUAAGAAUGAAAGUAAGAUCCUUUAUGGCGAUAUCCAUUCUCCACGAGAGAAUCUGCCAGACAAGCCUUUGAGUACCAUAUCUGAAUGCAGCUAUGAUGCAGCAUACGAGUCCGAAGUCGAACCUCAGUCAGCCGAUGAAAGUAUGCAAUCUGCGAAUGAGCUGACUGAUGAGGCGGAAACUCCAACUGCCACGCCGACUCAGACAUCCCGGCUUCUCUCUCGCCCCAAACCCCCGCCCCCAGGGCCUCUUGGUGCCGUGGAAUUGAAGCCCUAUCGACAUCAAGUUGGCGGGCACACAACUGUUUUCCGAUUUUCCAGACGCGCUGUAUGCAAGCAGUUGAACAACCGAGAGAAUGAGUUCUACGAACGCAUUGAACUGAGGCACCCAGAUAUGCUUGUGUUUCUCCCAAAAUACAUCGGAGUGUUGAAUGUCACCUUCUCGAAGACAUCUAAACGAAAGGAUCAGGUUGAUUCUGCCGAUGGGAUAACUCAAGAGGCGACAGCUGGCAAUGGAACUUCAGCGCUCAGCUCUCAGCUUCUCGAGGCAGCAGAGUCACUACCCCCACAGCGAAUUGUUAGCCAGUCCCAAGUCACAGGGGUCAUUCCCAAGGUCAUUCUUGAGAAUAAUCGCCACAUCAUUCCUGCCGAUCUUUUUACCCGCCAGCAGCGCCCGCGCACAGCGGAUGCUUCAAUAAACCGCGCACGAUCCGUUGAUGGCCUCGAGGGUAUGUCAGUGGAGUCUGAUCCGUCGGCGCUGAGCAAGCGGGCCAAGAUCUGGGGCGCCACAACCGUCAAUCUCAAGCUUCAGGAGCAGGUUCUCCGCGAGGUAUUCAGCCCUCCUGCCAUUCAUCAUCAUCGACGGCAUGCUCGCGGCCAUGUCCAUCUGCCCAGAGCUAAUUCCGACAUGCCCGCAACCACACGCCGCCGAGAGAACCUAUCAGAAGACCAGACAGCCGGCAGUCGACGACCACUCUCUGGGCAAAUCGAAGCUCUGAAGACAGAAGCGAUUGACAUAAAGGUGCCCCCUAAUGAAGGCCCUGCUCUAUCAUCGUCAGCCUCGACCGCUCUAGACGCCAAUCAAAACCGCCUUGAUAAGAUCCGGACCGAAGAGGAGCCCAACCGAGCAAGCUCGCUCUCUCGGGCUUCUCACACAAGACGGCGUCAUUCCGGAAGUGGCCUCCAGAGACGCGGCAGCAUGGACUCUCGCAACAAUGGAGAGCUUCUGUUCUUCGAUGACGAUGAUUAUGUCGGUGACAAGGAGGAUGACAUCUUCUCGAUGGAGGCCGAUGCUUCGAUGUCGACUUCUUCCACCGCGAAACUAUCGGUUUCACCAGCCUCAGAAAAUCACUCGACCAAUGGUCACCCUGCAACCGAAGUUUUUGCUUCUAGUAUAACUUCUGAUCCAACUCGCUUCAAACCCAAAGAGCCUCUCACUACGGCUCUACCCAGCAACCCUAAAGAGGCACAGCUGAGAAAGGACGAGAGAGUGCAGUUCUUCCUCCUCCUUGAGGAUCUGACCGCUGGUAUGAAUAAACCAUGCGUGCUGGAUUUGAAGAUGGGCACCCGACAGUAUGGCAUCGAGGCGAAUGAGAAGAAGAAGAAGUCCCAGCGACGAAAAUGUCAGUCCACUACUUCGCAGCAGCUGGGCGUGCGGCUCUGUGGCAUGCAGACUUGGAACGUUAAGAAGCAGGAGUACAUCUUUGAAGACAAGUAUUUCGGACGGGAUUUGAAAUCUGGUCGUGAGUUCCAGGAUGCGCUCACUCGGUUCCUUUAUGACGGCGUCAGCUAUGCCAGUGUUGCCAAAAAGAUCCCUGUCAUUCUGGAAAAAUUAGCUUUAUUAGAGCACAUGAUCCGACAGCUAGAUAGGUACCGGCUGUAUGCUAGCAGUCUCUUGAUUCUUUAUGACGGAGAACCACAAGCUCCGACUGAGCAAGGACCCCGUUCUGGCGAUAAACACGGAAAGUCCAAUGACGGCCAGAGCAGACUGAACGUUCAACUGAAGAUUGUCGACUUCGCCAAUUGCGUUACUGGCGAGGACAAACUUCCUCCGGAUACGCCAUGUCCACCUCACACCCCGCACGACAUUGAUCGUGGAUAUCUGCGUGGCCUCCGCACACUCCGGAUGUAUUUCCAGCGAAUCAUGAAAGAGGUGACUCUGGACGAAUUUGUGGAACGAGGUGAAGGUGAAGCCAUCGCUCUGGGUUCUCAACCUGCGGCCCGUGAGAGACCCUCUGCUCAGUAUUGGGAUGAAACCAUGAUGGAAACCGACGCGGGCGAACCUUCCUGUCUUCCAUACCCAUAUACACCAACCUAUCUUGCACUUGCCCUCAGCAACGAGCGGGUACAGCCUAGCGCCGUCGGUGCGGAGAAAGCAGGCACUAUGACGAUCGAUAAGCGCGAUUUUGACGCGAAUCGCCCGCUCCUCCAUGAUAUCGACACAGAACAAGAUCCAGCUGACCGAGGCGCAGAGCCAUCACGGUUAAGGUCCGGGUCACGAAAUUCACGGAGCUCCGGUAACGACGGAUUUCUACGAAGUGAUGACGGGCUAUUGAACGAUGUCGUUGAGGAGAUUGUCGAGCGUGACAGACGGAAAAUGCAGAAGGAGGUUAUUCGAGUGCUUAGCUUUGGCUGGGGUGUUGUUACUUGCUUGGGAGCUGGCAGUAUCACUGCUUUCUCUCUGUACGGCCAUCUACUCCUUACCCGACUCCAUUACUCGCAGCUCCAGGUUAAUGCUGUUUCCAUCGCCGCGGAAAUCGCAAUGUACCUUCCCGUCCCCUUGUUCGGGUACCUGUGUGAUCGGUACAGCCCAUCGCCACUGGCUAUGUUCUCGGGACUAGUGUUUGGCAUUGGGUAUAUCCUAGCUGCAUUCACGUAUAAGAGUGGUCCACCUGCCGAUGCGGGCGGCUCUGGAUGGCCGUUCUGGGUGAUGAUCGUGGCGUUUAUUGCCAUUGGCAUGGGGACGAGCUGCAUGUAUCUAGCAGCUGUUGCGACAUGCGCCAAGAACUUCGGCAGAGGAAAGCAUAAGGGCAUUAUGCUGGCUGUUCCUAUUGCGGCGUUUGGUCUGAGUGGUAUGUGGCAGAGCCAGCUCGGGAUGUAUUUGUUCUAUGAACGUCUCGAAGAUGGGAGUCGCGGUGAUCUCGACGUAUUUAAAUACUUCGUCUUCCUGGCGCUGCUGUUGCUGGGAAUUGGCAUCAUCGGUACCUUUGCAUUGCGCAUCGUCGAGGAUGAUGACAAGUAUAUUGAUGAGACGGUUGAAGAACUAGAGCGCAGUGGACUGCUGGAGGAGAGUGAUUUCUUCCGACCGCGGAAUGAAAUCAGACAAGCGGUUGAGUACGGCACGUUCUCUGAUGCAUUCGAUGAGGAGGAAUCAACUCUGUCCGAGGAAGAGCGCGAGCAGCAAAGGCUAGAGAAGGAACGCGAGGAAGAAGAGCGCCGGAAAAAGAACUGGCUGCUCAACUACGAAACCCGUGUGUUCCUACAAGACAGCACCAUGUGGUGGUUAGCCGCAGGCUUCUUCUUGGUCACCGGCCCUGGCGAAUCGUACAUCAACAACCUGGGCACAAUCAUCCCAACCCUCACACCUCAAUCCUAUCCCACAGGCGCAUCACCCCCAGCCGGAUCCCCCUCAACACACGUCACUACCAUAGCCCUAACCUCAACCAUCGCCCGCCUCCUAACAGGCUCUCUCUCCGACUUCUUCGCACCUGCAGCAACACACCUGUUCCCUUCACCCCCCGAAGGAUCCCGACAACACUCCACAUCCCCUUCAUCCUCCCGCCUCACUCUAUCCCGCAUGACCUUCCUCAUCCCCUCAGCCUUCCUCCUCUCCCUCGGCUACCUCCUCCUCGCCUCCCCUCUCCCACUAGCACACCCAGGAAUCUUCAACCUAACAACCGCCCUAAUCGGCUUCGGGUACGGCAGCGCCUUCUCCCUCGCCCCUAUCAUCAUUUCCGUCGUCUGGGGCGUCGAGAACUUCGCCACGAACUGGGGUAUCGUCGCCAUGAUGCCUGCAGCUGGUGCGGCAUUGUGGGGUAUCGUCUACUCCGCCGCUUAUCAGAAUGCCAUGGAUCAUGGCGAUGGCUUGUCUGAUGUUAGUGUUUGGAUUGCUGUUUUGGCUUGGGUGGCUGCUUGGAGGGGCUGGAAGAGGAGGGGUGUUGUUGUUUAG